CCUACAAUCGUCCAUAACGACCCUUGACACGACUCAUACUUGCAUGUAAUACAUCUAGGUAGACCGGAGUCUUUGGUGAUUCAGGCCAGGUGCUGUGUCGUUAUAGAUUAUGAGGCGUAGGGUUCGCAUCAAGCAAAUUUUAUUGCACCAGAGCCUAAAUAUUCUAGGUACAGGCCUUUUCUUCUUUGUGGUUUUUCGGGAGAGGGAGAGUGGGAGGGAGGGAUGGAGCGGGAAUAUGGCAUGCGCAUACUAUGUACGGAGUAUUAUCAAUCCGUCCCUUAUCCCGACGUACUCAUUUUUCAUUGAUAAUCAAUCAUAUACAACAUAUAUAGAAUUGAACAUCUCUCUAUGAGAUGCUGUCAGACUAUUAGAACAGCUACAAAGACACAAAUAUACCAAAG